AUGCGGCGGGCGCUGCUCACCCUCCUGCUGCUGCUCGCCCGCCCGCCGCCCGCCGCCGCCCGCCCCGCGCGCCCCGACGGCUCCGUCCCGGCGGCCGCGGGCGAGGAGCGGGGCCGCCCGCUCUGGCCGCCGCUGGCGCCGCCGCCCCCGGAGCCGUGGCGGGCGCGGAGGGACGAGCCGCCGCUCUCCAUCGACCUCACCUUCCACCUCCUGCGGCACCUCCUGCUGCUCGCCCGCGCCCAGAGCCAGCGCGCCCGCGCCGACAGCAACCGCCUCAUCCUCGACGCCGUGGGGCGCUGA